GUUGUCAUGCUGCAGGGGCAGGCCCAACGAUUCUCCUCAUAAACGUCGCUGAACUGGCCCAGACACUGGUGAUAUGCAUAGUGAUAGUGGUAGGCGAUUGCAGGUGUCAAUGGUCUGCACCUGAAUCGGAUAGGUUUGAAAAUAUAAGCCUCACAGGUGAUGAUUGCGUUUUCAAUUGGCUUGCAGGCUAGGUAAGAGUAGGGUGAGUCACGCAAAGCAGCUAUAUCCAACUAGAACCUAUCCUAAAUUAUACCUGGAUUAUUAGCAAGUGGCUUGUGGUAAUACAGAUCCGUGUGCAGAGGAUUGGGGCGAGAGAGUGUGUGCGCGCGUCCAACCGUGGACGAUAUCUCCCACCAGUCUUGUAGACGUGCCUGAAAUAGUGUUGCACAGUAGUUGCUUUGUCCCGAGGCUGAGCAGGAAAGAAGGCGAUCACGGACUAUCAAGUGUGCCAAUGAAAUCGUGGUCCAUUGUUGAGCAGCAGCAUAUCAGCUAGACAACGAGCGACGUGCCCGCUAUUGUCAACAUGACAAGAACAGGCGAAUCUGUCCACCUCCUGCUGUUCAGUCUUGUCAUUGUAACAGGUAUAUCAGCUGAGCAUGCCCAGCUGCCAUGUACAGAGUGGUCAUAUGCUGACCAGGACAAUUGGCCGGAUACACACUGCACUGGUAACAGCCAGUCUGGCAUUAACAUCGAGACCAUCUCUACAGCAUUUCACCCUGACUUCUCAUCCCUGGCCAUCGACACAGCGGAGAGCGGUGUCAGUGUAAUGCUCCACAAUGAUGGGCACCAUGUAGUUAUCCGUGGCAAUGGCCUGGAGGUGCUCGGCUUCCUCAGCGGUGGACCACUGUACAGUGACCAGACACUCUUCAGUAUAGUGGAGGCAAGAUUCCACUUCGGUGUGGUUGUCGAUGGAGCUGUCGUCCGUGGCUCUGACCACUUGGUCGAUGGCAAUUCAUAUGCUGCUGAGCUCCAAUUCAUUGCCUUCAACACUAUGUAUCCAAGCAUGAAAGUGGCGCUUACACAACCUGGAGCUGUAGCGAUUGUCUCAGUACUUUUUGAGCUAGGCGAUGCCAGCAACAACGUUGAUUUGAACAUGUUCUUGGAUACAGUGGCGUCAGAAGUCACGUACGAAGGAAACAGCUUUGGUCUGGAUGGCAUCAACCUGCGUCAGUUGCUGCCACUGAGUAUCUCAGACUACUAUACCUACAGUGGAUCAUUCAGCUGGCCCAAAUGUUCUGAAGAUGUAACAUGGCUGGUCAUGUCGCAAACACUGCCUAUCACUCUGGACCAGAUGAACCGGCUUCAAGGUGUAUUUUCCACCCGACGUCGUCAGAACCCUGCUAUUCCAAUGGCUGGCAACACACGGCAAACACAGGAAUUGAAUUCCCGACAAAUCAUUUCUUCAUUCCCGACCAGUCAAGCAGUGUCUCUAGGAUGUAACCAUCAGAAUGAGCAAAUCAGCUUGGGACAAACUCAUGAGUUUUUCAGCCCAGACGCCUCCGAUCCACGCUCCACAAGAGGUGGCAAUGACAUCAUCUUCUUGGUCGACCAAUCAGGAUCAAGCCGUAUCCGCCGCUUGCACAGCUGGCUGAGACAAGCUGAUUUUGCUGGCAAGCUGGACACGGCUCUGACUGGUCUUGGCUUCUCCAACAAUCAGUUUGGUAUGGUGGGCUUUGGACAGGAUCAAGGUGGACCAGCCACCACUAUCGAAGUGGGUGGUGCUGGUCAACUGCUUGGCAGUGCAGAGGACCUCCAGACUGCCUUCCAAGGCUUGACCUCGCGAGGCUCCAGAGAAGAUGGCUAUGCAGCAAUUCAACUAGCGCUAAGAGCGUAUGACUUGCGUCCCAAUGCUCACUGCAUCCUCUUGAUGUUAACGGAUGAAGGGCGAGACAACUUGGCUGAAGAUCUCAACUACGAUCUCAUGGUCUCUGAGCUCAACUCUAAGAAGUGUGUGCUGCACGUAGCAGUUCAUGAGCGCUUUGCAUCGGGAAUGAGACCUCAUUGUGGCCGGCGACCAUUCCAUCGUCAUGCGUUUGGCAUGGAUGCAGAGAAGCAUAGCAUCAUCAAGCACUCGGUGGAAGAGUUUCAGGUUGUUCCAUGGGCUGGCUAUGCUAGAUUACGCAGUGGUAACAAGAACACACACACUGCUUAUGUACAGCUGGCCUGGGCCACUGGAGGUAGUGCUUUCAAUGUCAUAGAGAUCACGGACGUGGGUAGCGCAGAUCGUGUCCAGGCGGCAGCCACAUUCAGUAACAUACUUGCGCAGUUACGUAUGCGUGACCUGCAGAGGUAUUCAUGCCAGCGAUGUCGAUGUACCUUUGCUGGGCAAGUGGACUGUAGACGAUGUGAUGAAGAUUUCCCACCCCAGGCUGUCGUUGUAGCUGAGCCAGCCACUGUGUUCCUAGGAGACAGUGGCACACUGAGAUGUAUAGCCAGUGGCCAUCCUGCACCAACGAUUGCAUGGCAGAGACCUGAUGGAUCUACUAACCUGCCUCCUGGCGUCACUCCCUCUGGCUCUGGUGACCGCCUCAACAUCCGCAGUGUUACCGAAAGGAACUGCUUCACCUGUGUUGCCGAUGGCGGGCGCCUAGGGGAGAACGAGGCAAUGGGAUGCGUGGAGGUGCAAGGAGUUAUACCAGUCCCGGAGCUUACCCAGCCACAAUCAACAAACACAGGCGGCUGUGCCACAUUUACCUGCACAUCCAGUGGCUAUCCAGAGCCUCGCAUCACUCUAACAGUGAACAGUAGUGAUUGUGUGGUCAGUGGCAAUACAGUAUCGUGUGAUAAUCUGCAAGCUACUGCGUGCGUGACCUGCAAUUCAGAGAAUCGCUUGGGAUCUGGGGAAGACACAAAGUGUGUCAAUGUCUUUGCAUCAUGUCCAGGUAAUAUUCAUCACAACUCGUGGCGCCGCCAGUUCAGCCCAGAUGCAUCUAUCCCUGCUGACAACAUGCACUUGGUGAUUGUUUUUGACGAAUCCCGCACCAUGCUGACGGAGCGAGGAGCACUUCCGGAUAUAAUCACUGGUCUUGACACUGCUCUAAUGGCAGCUGGCUUUGGUGUCAGCAUUGAGAAUAAGUAUUCCCUAGUGGGCUUUGCAGGCAGUGCCGCUCCCGGUGGAAAGUACAUUCCUGUUGGUAAUGGUAUCUGUGGCGGAGCAGCUGAGGUUGGUGCGCUGGCCAGUACUCUUGGACGAGAUGGUAGAACAGAGGAUGGCUACUCGGGUAUCAAUGUGGCUUUGCAGGAUGCAACGCAGUGCGACACUGGUCCAAACUCCCAGCUCAUGAUACUGAUCAUGACAGAUGAGGACAGGGAUGUUCUGAGAGGUGUUGGAGAGAGCUUCACGUACAGCACAAUAGUGCAGAGUCUGCGCACGGCUAACGCGCGCUUCUCAGCCAUCGUGAAGCAGCAGUACCGUAACUUUGUCACCGGACAAGAUGCAUACGGCUUGGACAGCAAGGGCCAGACAUUCAUCAUUGCUGGAGGUGGACAAGAGUUUGAGCUCACACCUCCUGGUACGGGUGGUCCUAUCCGAGACUCUGGCUUUGGAACAACGGAGCAAGAUUACGUUGAACUGGCGCAAGACACUGGUGGCUGUGUGUUUGAUGUGCUGAGUGUGCGUAACGCUGGCAGACGGCCGGGUUUCCUAGCAGCACUGUCGGCGUGCCUGUCUGAGCAGCUGUCAGCUGAACGAGUACGACCACUGUGUCAGGAGUGCCUGUGCAAUAGUGGAGAACUGCAAUGCAACAAUCUACCACGGAUUACGGACAGGGCACAGUGCACAUCACCUAGCGACGUGAACCUUGGCGUUUCCGUGCGCUCUGAUCCACCGUUUGCCGUGGACAAUCAACAGAUGACCUUAUUCUGUGAGAGUAGCAACGAGCGUGCUGUAGCCGAGUGGGUACCUCACCCUAUCGAUGCCUUCCAGAUAGGCCGUGACCUGCAUCUAUCAGCAUGUGCAGCAAAGUCAGCCCCAAGCUAUAUGUGCGUGUUGCGUACAGGUGAUGGGCAGGACAGUGACUCGAUUUCCGUUGGUCUGUAACCACUGUUUUGGUCUCAAAGCCAUCAUUGGAAUGCACACUACAGAUAAUCAACCGUUGCUGAUUGCUUGUAAUAUUUAGUGUUGACCGACUACCAAGCCUGACGAUGCCACACUAGCAAAAGCCUCUUAUGAUCUUCAAAACCAUGAAUGCUUCAUCUGAAUGCACAAGCCAUCAAUGUUUCCUUCUUUUUUCACUUCA